ACCAACAGGACUUUCGUGUUUGGAUCGUCCCCAUUCCAGCUGGUAUUUAAGAGUGCAGGUACUAGCCGGAGAAGUCGACAGCAACCGCGACCACGUGACGAAGCAAGAGAAAGCCGCCACCGCCGCCGCUACCGUUAUGACGACGACGACUCCGGUUCAGCCACGCGCGCACGUCCUCCUGGUGUCCACCGCAUUCCAGAGCCACGUCAACCCGCUGAUGCGCCUCGGCCGCCGCCUCGCCGCCAAGGGCGUGCUCGUCACCUUCACCACCGCUCUCCGCAAGGGCAUCCGCCUCGACGAGGUCCACGGCGGCAUCGACGACAACAACGACGCGCUCUCAAGUUUCCGUGUCGAGCGCCUGAGCGGCGAGGGGCUGUGGGAGCCGGACGAUCCCCGGUUCGGCGUCCCGGGCGACAUGGCGCGCCACGUGGAGGCCGCGGGGCCGGCGGCGCUGGAGGCGCUCAUCCGCCGGGAGGCCCAGGCCGGGCGGCCCGUCACGUGCGUCGUGGCCAACGCCUUCGUCCCGUGGGCCCUGCGCGUCGCCGGCGAGCUGGGCCUCCCGCGGGCCAUGCUGUGGAUCCAGUCCUGCGCCCUGCUGUCCGUGUACUACCACUACGUGCACUCCCUCGCCGCCUUCCCCGACGCGGAGGCGUCCGGGUCGGUGGCCAUCCCGGGGCUCCCGGAGCUGGCGACCGACGACCUCCGGCCGCUCCUGAUUUACAGCACCGCUAGCAACGACAUGUGGCGCCAGAUGGUCGUGGCGGACCUCGGCAGCGUCCGGGACAAGGGGGUGUCGUGGGUCUUCGUCAACACCUUCGACGAGCUCGAGCACGAGGCCAUCGCGGCGCUCAGCGAGCACGCGCCGGUCAUACCGGUCGGCCCGCUCAUCGAGCCGGAAGAAGACGAACCACUCGACGGCAACAAAGCCGACGACGACAUCGUCGCGUGGCUGGACGCGCAGGCGCCGCGGUCGGUGGUGUUCGUGGCGUUCGGGAGCAUCGUGAACACCGGGGACGACGAGACCGCGGAGAUCACCGAGGCGCUGGCGGGCACGGGCCGGCCGUUCCUGUGGGUGCUCCGCGACGAGAGCCGAGCGCUCCUCUCCAGGGACACCCUCGACAGCAUCUGCGCCGGAGACAAAGGCGACUCGUCGUUAGGCAAGGUGGUGCCGUGGUGCAGGCAGACGCGCGUGCUGGCGCACGGCGCGGUGGGCUGCUUCGUGACGCACUGCGGGUGGAACUCCACCGCCGAGGCACUCGCCGCGGGGGUGCCGUUGGUCGCCUGCCCGAGGUGGUCCGACCAGCGGAUCAACGCCAGGUUCAUCGUCGACGUGUACCGGGUCGGCGUCCGUGGCCCGACGCCCGUGACGAGGGACGCGCUCCGUGUGGCCGUGGAGGAGGUCAUGGGCGGGCCGGAGGGGGAGGCGAUGGGAGCACGAGCGGCCCGUUGGAAGGAGAAGUCGCGUGCGGCGGUGGCGGACGGGGGCUCGUCGGAUCACGGCGUCCAGGCUUUUGUUGACCAGAUAUGCUAGCUACGGAAGCAGAUCUGAUCCGGUCGUUGGCUUGAUGGGAUCACAUGGACAUGGAGAUCGGCGUGAGCCGCACGCUCGUGGAUCCUGCCUGAAGUGGCGGCGACUGGGGCAUGGUUGAAAUGCAGGAGAUAAUAUUCUGAUACUAUUUGGGGAAACUAUAUCAUGUUUGGUUUACUCGAUGAAGUGUUGCCUGAAAAAGCAGAUGAAUACAGUAUUAAUAUUGGAUGACCGUUUCCCCGGCUAACGGGUUUCUACGGAUCACCUAAUUCAGGAAUCUGCGCUUGUUUCAUCCUGUGUUAAGGACAUGCUUGAACAAUUGAGUAUGCAUCCAACUGAGGCAGAUCGUAUUUUUUUA